AUGGCCCUUUCACCAUUCGCCUCUCGCUCGCCUUCGUUGACCGUCGCAUCACCCAAUUCUGCCCUACGGUUGAAAGCUUCGGCUGUUCCUCGUUCAACUGGCCAGGCAGUCGCUGCCAAGGCCCAAUCGAAUCCGGAACGUGAGCUCACGGAACAGCUAAAUGAUGAUGUGCGACGGAAAUACACCAAGGGCAAAAAACUCGGUGAAGGUACAUACGCUAUCGUAUACCUAGGACACUUCCGCGACGACCCCUCCUCAUGCGUCGCGAUCAAGAAGAUCAAAGUCAAUGCGGAAUAUAAAGAUGGACUCACCAUGGACGCAAUCCGGGAAGUCAAGUACCUCCAAGAGCUGUCUCAUCGGAAUGUCAUUGCGCUCCAUGAUGUCUUUUCAUCCAAAGAUCAGAAUCUCAAUCUAGUCUUGGAGUUUCUUCCCGGAGGCGAUCUUGAAAUGCUGAUAAAAGAUGGUGAUAUUCACUACGGUGUGGGUGAUGUCAAAGCCUGGAUGGGCAUGUUGGCUCGAGGAGUGUGGUUCUGCCAUGAAAACUUUGUCCUCCAUCGAGAUAUCAAACCUAACAACUUGUUGAUCGCAGCCGAUGGCGAGGUCAAGUUGGCUGAUUUUGGUCUGGCGCGAUCAUUUGCAGACCCCUACCUCAAUAUGACCCACCAAGUCAUCACUCGCUGGUAUCGGCCUCCUGAGCUGCUCUUCGGUGCCAAGCAAUAUUCCGGCGCGGUGGACGUCUGGUCUAUGGGCAUGGUCUUUGCAGAGUUACUCUUGCGAGUCCCAUUGCUGGCAGGCAUGUCGGAUCUAGACCAGAUUAGCAAGAUCUGCGAGGCCUUUGGCACACCCACCGAGGAAAAUUGGCCGGGGGUAACCCAAUUGGCCAAUUACGUCACAGACAAGGCGGUGCCGUUGCAAGGACGAGACUUCUUCCUUCGGCAGUUCCCUACGGCGGGCCCGGUGGGCGCUGAUCUGCUCAUGUCGAUGUGUGUUUUGGACCCUCGUAAGCGCGCCACGGCCCUGCAGGUCUUACAGCACAAGUGGUGGACGGCCGAGCCGCGUCCGACCAAGAAUGAAGAUCUCCCGCGGAAGUCGGGGACUAAGAAAAUGGGGGAUGAUUUGGCUCGACGUGGUGGCGAUAACGAUGACGGUCCCUUUAAGAAUGCGGCCCGACAGUUGGACUUUGGGGGUAUGAAAUAA